AUGACAGUUGAUUCAGUUACAAGCAAUAUUGAAAAUUUGAGGUUGUCGAAAUAUAAUUUCAAUAUUGACUUAGCUGAGUUGGUGGCGGCUAUAAGUAAAAUUGAAAGUACGAAACGGCCCAAAUCGAUGCGAUCAAAUCCCAGUCAGAGAGAUUUGAGCUUAUUUUGCGAUUAUCAUGGAACUUAUAUGCACCGGACCACCGAUUGUCGACACCUCAGGGAUGAGGUUGCACGACUUUUGAAAGAUGAUCAUUUAAGAGAAUUCUUGACUGGUCAGGCCAAGGAUAACUAUGGAAGAAAUAGAGAUCCGAUCAAGCAAGAGGUUCAGGUUGAGCCGUGUCAUAUGAUUAACAUGAUAAUUGAUGAACCCAUGAACACUGAGCCGCCUCUCCCUAUCAAAAGGGAUGAGUUGUCAGGGGCGUACCACCAAAGAACCCAGAGUCUUGAGCAGAAUUAUGUAUUGCCAGUUGCUGAUAAGAAAGCAAAUGAGACCUCACCUCGCUCCGAUGCUCUGGUCAUUUCUGCUAUGAUUAAUCAUCAUAGGAUUACAGAUGUUGUGGUCGAUCCAAGAAUUUCAGCCAACGUCAUUCAGAGGGGGGGGGGGGGUCAUCGAACAGUUGUCAAUGAUGGGUGA